CAGAGAGCCUGCUCUUCUUUGCACAUUAGGAUCAAGUGCUAUCUAAACAUGAGUUCCCACCAGCAGAAGCAACCAUGCACUGCACCCCCUCAGCUGCAGCAGCAUCAGGUGAAACAGCCUUGCCAGCCACCACCCUCAGAACCUUGUGCCCCCAAAACCAAGGAGCCUUGCCACCCCAAUGUUCCUGAGCCCUGCAACCCCAAGGUUCCAGAGCCCUGCCAGCCUAAGGCUCCAGAGCCCUGCCAGCCUAAGGUGCCUGAGCCCAGCCAGCCCAAGGUGCCUGAGCCUUGCCAGCCUAAGGCACCUGAGCCCUGCCAGCCUAAGGCGCCUGAGCCCUGCCACCACAAGGCACCUGAGCCUUGCCACCCCAAGGCACCUGAGCCUUGCCACCCCAAGGCACCUGAGCCUUGCCACCCCAAGGCACCUGAGCCUUGCCACCCAGUUGUUCCUGAGCCAUGCCCCUCAAAUGUCACUCCAGAACCGUAUCAGCAGAAGACAAAACAGAAGUAAUGUCGUCCCCAGCCAUGCCAUGAAGACCUGAUUGCUGGAUGCCGAGGCCCCUUUCCAUCCAUUCUGCUUAUGCAUCCAAUUCCCUGUACUUCACAUGAUGUGCCUUUGGUCUUCAUCCCUCCCUCUUUGCACCAUCUAAACAGAUGUC